CCUGCAGACCGACAUGAUGAUGAUGAUGAUGAUGAUGGUAGUGGUGGUGAGGAGGAGGAGGAUGUUGUGAAGGCAGGUUGGAGGAACUGACCGAGCCACACGUCCAGCCAGGCGGACACACAUCAUAUUUAUCAUGCUGCGAGCCAGCUACACGGUGUAGCCUGGGCUUUUUUUUAUUAUUUUUAUUUUUAGCCGACGUUCCCCAAAUGAUAAACCUCCAUCUGAAAGAAACACGGCUGAAUUCGGACAAACAUCUCCGCGUCUCCCCGCUCCGUGACCGAGGAGGGCACCCACCAACCAGGCCGUCAUCAGCAGCUGGCUUCGCAGCGAGCGCUAGCGGCUAACCGGCUAAUAUAACCAGGUCUGUUCAUAAUGACAAUCAAGGAGCCAUGAUUCAACUGUACACCUGAACUUUACCAGCUGUGAUGGAAACGCACCAUUGACUCAAGAGGGAACAGAAUAACCUGGAUGCCGUGACGUGAAGGGCGUGGUCAGUCCAACAUGGAGAAAAAGAAACCGUGCCCUCGUCUUCUCGACUACUUGGUGGUGGUCGGGGCAAGGCAACCGAGCAGCGACAGCGUGGCUCAGACCCCUCAGCUCCUGCGCCGCUACCCGCUAGAAGACCAUCACGACUUCCCACUCCCACCGGACGUGGUUUUCUUCUGCCAACCGGAGGGCUGCCUGAGUAUACGCCAGCGCAGGGUCAGCCUCCGCGACGACUCCUCGUUCGUGUUCACGCUGACCGACAAGGACUCGGGAAUCACCCGCUAUGGCAUCUGCGUCAACUUCUACCGCUCCUUCCAGCGAGGACAUCACCGCGCUCGAGGAGACAAGGGCGGCCACACAGAGACGGCGGCGCAGGCGGUGGAGACGGCCACCGAAGCGUCCGACGACAGCGGCGGAGGUCCGCCCUCGGUGGCACCUCCGGCUAACGGUGCCGAGUCGGGGCCUCCGCCUUCCUCCGGAGAAGAGGGCGGACAACCAGGUGCCGAGCUAAAUGCCGGCAGGUCCCCGCAGCACAGGCGGAGCGCGGCCAAGGUGGCGGCCAGGAACCGCAACAGCACGCUGACUUCGUUGUGCAUACUCAGCCACUACCCGUUCUUCUCCACCUUUAGAGAGUGCCUGUACAUUCUCAAGAGGCUGGUGGACUGCUGCAGUCAGAGGCUAACUCAACGAGCCGGGCUCCCUCGUGCCACACAGAGGGACACCAUGUGGCGGGUGUUUACUGGAGCGUUGUCGGUGGAAGAGAAAGGCAGCCAGCUACUGGCCGACCUGCGGGACAUUGAAUCCUGGGUGUACCGGUUGCUGCGCUCGCCGGUGCCACUGGCGGCUCAGAGACGCGUGGAUGUGGAGGUUCUGCCCCAUGAACUCAAACGGCCGCUCACCUUUGCCCUGCCUGACAACUCCCGCUUCUCCAUGGUCGACUUCCCCCUGCACCUGCCCUUAGAGCUGCUGGGUGUGGACGCCUGUCUUCAGGUCCUCAGCUGCAUCCUGCUAGAGCACAAGGUCAUUCUUCAGUCCAGAGAUUACAAUGCUUUGUCUAUGAGCGUCAUGGCUUUUGUGGCCAUGAUCUACCCACUGGAGUACAUGUUCCCUGUCAUCCCCUUACUGCCGACAUGUAUGGCCUCGGCUGAACAGCUUCUUCUUGCUCCUACUCCCUAUAUCAUAGGAGUACCGGCCAGCUUCUUCCUCUACAAAGCCGAUUUCAAAAUGCCAGAUGAUCUUUGGCUCGUGGACCUUGACAGCAGCAAGGUUAUUGCGCCGACCAAUGCAGAGAUUCUACCACCUCUUCCAGAGCCUGAAGCAGGCGAGCUUAAGAAACAUCUUAAACAGUGUCUGGUUAGGUUGACCGUGAUCACCCAAAAGCAGAUCUUCUCCACUGAAAAUAAGGCGUUGGCCAGUAUGAGUUUGAACACCCAACCCAUUCUGAACCUGGAGAAAUUUCAGGAAGGCCAGGAGUUGCCGCUCCUCCCACCUGGACGAGAUAAAGCUUCACCGUCCUCUACAGAGUUCAACCCUCUAAUUUACGGCAAUGAUGUUGAUUCUGUGGACGUAGCCACCAGGGUUGCCAUGGUACGGUUCUUCAACUCCCCGAAUGUUCUCCAAGGCUUCCAGAUGCACACUCGCACCUUGCGCCUCUUUCCCCGGCCGGUGGUUGCUUUUCAGUCAUCUUCUUUCCUCGCAUCUCGGCCAAGGCGCUCUAGCUUUGCAGAUAAACUUUCUCACACCCAGGCGGUGGAGUUCUAUGGAGAGUGGGCUCUGAAUCCCAGCAACCUCGCCUUUCAGAGGAUACAUAACAAUGUUUUUGACCCGUCGUUAAUCGGAGACAAGCCAAAGUGGUAUGCACACCAACUUCAGCCAGUGGUCUACAGAGUCUAUGAUGGAAGCUCACAGCUGGUUGAGGCUAUGGCUGGCCCCUUGGAGGAUGAAGGCAACGAGUCUGACCCCACAGACAGUGGUAGUGACAGUGAGGCCUACGAUGACUCCAGCUCUUCCUAUUCUUCACUUGGAGACCUAGUCAGUGAGAUGAUUCAAGGUGACAUCCAGGGAGACACACCAAGCUUGGAUCCGCCUACACAUGCUGCACUGGGAGACGCCAGUGAGGUUGAGUUUCAAGACUAUCACGACUUCAGGGAAGGCCAGGGCUCCGAUGGCCCACCCAGUGGGGAUGGACCUGUUGAAUCUUCUGAUGGACAACCUCUUCGCUCAAGCUCCAGCACGACUGCAAGCUCAAGUCCCAGCACAAUCAUCCAGGGAGUCAACCAUGACCAGGGCGAAGUGUCUGAAAUUGAAGCAUCUGCUAGUGCUGCUUUACAGAACCCAGUUCCCGUAUUGGGCAGUCAGCCAUUCCUCAGACCCGCAGCUGAGUCUGGUCUGGUGGACACAGCCAACAAAAAGCAAGAGUAUGACAACCCAUACUUUGAGCCUCAGUAUGGCUUCCCCACAGAGGAUGACCCUGAUGCAGACGAGCAAGUGGAAUCAUACACCCCACGAUUCAACCAGAACCUCAAUGGCAACAAGUUGCAGCGACCCUUACGUCCCGUUAGCUUGAGGCUUCCAGGAGAGUCCGACGGAGAGGGAGACUCACACAACAGCUCACCAAACUCCACCAUUUCCAACAGCAGUAAUGACGGAUUUGGAGGACUCAUGUCCUUUGCUAGCAACCUUUACAAGAACCACGGUACCAGUUUCAGUCUGUCCAAUCUUGCCCUUCCCAACAAGGCAGCGAGGGAGAAGUCGACACCUUUCCCCAGUCUGAAAGUAUUUGGGCUAAAUUCUCUAAUGGAGAUAAUUACAGAGGCCGGCCCGGGGAGCGGAGAAGGACCACGUGCACCUCGAGCACUUGUAGACCAGAAGUCAUCAGUAAUCAAACACACUCCAACAGUGAAGAGAGAAUCUCCCUCUCCUCAGGGCCGGGUCAACAACACGAGGUAUGAAAACCAGCAGUUCUUGAAGGAAGUGGUGCAGAGUGUUCUCGAUGGACAGGGAGUCGGCUGGCUCAACAUGAAAAAAGUGCGCCGCCUGCUGGAGAACGAGCAGCUUCGCGUCUUUGUGCUGAGUAAACUGAACAGGGCAGUGCAGUCGGAGGAAGAUGCCCGACAGGAGAUCAUACGUGAUGUGGAGGUGAGCAGAAAGGUGUACAAAGGCAUGCUGGACAUCUUGAAGUGCACAGUUUCCAGCCUGGAGCACUCUUACACUAACGCAGGCCUCGGAGGAAUGGCCAGUGUCUUCAGUUUGUUGGAAAUAGCUCGCACACACUAUCAAACCAAAGACCCAGAAAAACGCAAGCGAAGCCCCACAGACAGUGCUGGCAGCCCGGGGAGUAAAGAGAGUCCUUCUGGUCGUAUGGAGACUGCCAGACCUCAGGGCCUUCUGAAUAUUCCCCACCUGCAGCUGCCGCACCACACAACGGGCAAAGGAGCCCGCCAUUUUGAUACCAGGAGUCUGAAUGAGGAGAACUUUAUUGCCUCGAUUGAAUUGUGGAGCAAGCACCAGGAUAAGCAAAAAGCUAUGGAAAAACCACAGAGGUCGGAAGGAGCAAAGCAGCAGCGUCCGCAGGUCACCGAUGCAGAGGAGAAGAAAUCUCAGAUCAGUGCUGAUAGUGGCCUCAGUGUGUCUGGCUCUCAGAAGAGCGACACAGAAUCUGUAACGAGCUCAGAGCCGCCGAUCCUGACGAGAAGCACCAGCCAGGACUCAGAGGCUAGCACAGUGAUAAGUAAUAGCUCUGGAGAGACUCUGGGAGCUGACAGUGAUCUGAGCAGCACAGCGGGAGACGGCCUCGGAGGCAGAAUUGCUCCUCAUUUGACUCAGUCAAGAGCGACUCUUUCUGACAGUGAGAUUGAAACCAACCCAGCCACCAGCUCAGUGUUUGGAAAGACCCACACUCUGAAACCAGGUGCAAAAGAUCAGGUACCUGCUAUGGCGAAGGGGCCCCCUGCACAGCCCAUGGAGGACAUCAGUAUGAGGAUUUACCUCUGUGAAGGCCUGCUGGGCCGCGAUAAGAGCUCCGUUUGGGAUCAACUAGAGGAUGCUGCCAUGGAAACCUUUUCUCUAAGUAAGGAGCGCUCCACGCUGUGGGACCAGGUGCAGUUCUGGGAGGACGCCUACUUAGAUGCUGUGAUGUUGGAGCGUGAGGGCAUGGGGAUGGACCAGGGACCUCAGGAGAUGAUUGAAAGAUACUUGUCUCUGGGAGAACAUGACCGCAAGCGCCUGGAGGACGACGAAGACAGACUGUUGGCCACCCUGCUGCAUAAUAUGAUCGCAUACAUGCUAAUGAUGAAAGUGAACAAAAAUGACAUCAGGAAGAAAGUGAGGCGCUUGAUGGGCAAGUCCCACAUCGGCCUCACAUACAGCCAAGAGAUCAACGAGAUACUGGACAAACUGGCCAAUAUGAACGGCCGAGAGCUGUCCAUCAGACCCAGUGGAAGCCGUCACAUCAAGAAACAAACAUUCGUAGUUCAUGCUGGCACUGACACCACAGGAGACAUCUUUUUUAUGGAGGUUUGCGACGACUGCAUCGUCCUACGCAGCAACAUCGGUACAGUUUACGAGCGCUGGUGGUACGAGAAGCUCAUCAACAUGACUUACUGCCCCAAGACCAAGGUGUUGUGUCUGUGGAGACGCAACGGCCAAGAGACACAGCUCAACAAGUUCUACACCAAAAAGUGUCGUGAACUUUACUACUGUGUUAAAGACAGUAUGGAAAGAGCUGCAGCAAGACAGCAAAGCAUCAAACCAGGUCCGGAGCUGGGCGGUGAGUUCCCCGUCCAGGACAUGAAAACCGGUGAAGGUGGCCUGCUGCAGGUCACCUUGGAGGGAAUCAACCUUAAAUUCAUGCACAGCCAGGAGCGGAAGGUUUUCAUAGAGCUGAGUCACAUUAAAAAGUGCAAUACAGUGAAGGGAGUCUUUGUCCUGGAGGAAUUUGUUCCUGAAACUAAAGAAGUGGUGAUCCACAAGUACAAGACCCCCAUGGCACAUCAGAUCUGUUACUCGGUCCUCUGCCUUUUCUCGUACGUGGCGGCCGUGAAGGGGAAGGAGGCGGAAGGAAAACCCAAGAUUCUGUCACCGAGACCCCUUCCUAGCUAGUCUACACCCCUCGCUUUCUCUCCUCCCCCCACCCUCCCCUCUUUCCUCCCCAUCCCCUCCCCGUCGCCCCCCUCCCCCUCCACCCCCGCCCUCAGUGUGCCUCUCUACUUGAAACGGCUUUUUCAGCUCCACAAACCACAGACUUUUGACAAUCCCUACGAUUAUUCUAAGCACACAACCCCCCCACCCCUCGCGCCUCCCACACUCCCCCUCCCCUUAGCCUCCUUGUACAUACAAGCCUGAGAUCCUUUUUAGAUCACGUUGUGUGGACGUGUGUGGUCUGUGAUGUCGUGUAAAUACUUCACCGCUGUCGUCCUGAUGUUCACGCCUAAACUAGCUAAACGUUUACCUGCUCCCCCCAUCCUCGCCCCUCGAGCUCCGCGUGAAAGCCGUCUUCCCGCUGCCGAGACACAACCGUUUUUACCGACGUGAGAUGUGAGGGGUUUCCUCCUCCCCCCCCCCCCACCGAGGCACAGAGUGCAUGCAGGUCCCGUGCACAGCCUUGACAUUGACUCGAGCGUAGCCUCCGCCCCGUCCCGCGCCCGUCUCCAUACGACUGUGUGAGUUACUCUGUGAUACGUGGUUACUGUAAAGUUCCAGUCCUGUCCAAGUUUAAACUGGUAAAAACAGCCAGAGAUCCUCUUGUAGUGCAGGAUGCCUCCAUACUGAAAAAUGCUACUGUAUACUGCACCGGAGCACCGCAUGUAAACGCUUCUUAAUGGUGUUUGAACCCUAAAAUACUGUGAGUGUUUCAAAAGAUGUGUUCUCUUGCCCUAGACUGGUCCACCAGGCUCAAUUACUGUUCUAGUUCUGCUGUAAAACGUCUGUGGUCUGCUGUUAUCAAUUGCAUGUUACUAUGAGGAUUAAAAAAAAAACAAAUAAAUAUUAUAUAUAUAUUUCUAUAUAUAGUAUUUAUUUAAUAUAUACAUAUAUUGACUGUACAUUUCUCUGAGAAAAAAAAAUAAUGUUACAAAAAUGUUGAUUUGCUAGAUGUGCAAUACUUAGUAAGUAGUUAUUACCAUAGCCAUUGCCAGAGCCAGGUUUUCUUGAGUUCACUGGCUUCCACAGGGUGAAGAAUGUAAGACAGAUCUGUUUUUUUUUUUUUCUAUAGUACGUAUUGAUUAAAUAUGACGACUUCAGUGGGACGUGACAUGACGUUGGUGUUUUAAAUGUUGUCGCGGGUCAAUCACACGACGUACAAACGGGUCAUAUAUGGAUGCAAACCACAGAGUUGAGGCCUCUCCUCCCAUCAGUGAUGUGACGGCAGGUGUUUUUAAAAAGAGCAGCUGCUGGAGAUGUCGUGGUUUUGAUGUUUUUCCUUUUUUUUUUUUUUUUGUUGUGGAGCAUCGAACCUUUCGAAAUUUCAUGGAAGAGGUUCCUCGUUCAUCUUUUCACGUUUCUGUCCCUCCUGGAAACGUCCCCUAAUAUUUAUCCAACCUUGACUAUCAGGAGCUACUACUUACAUUUCCAAUGAUCAGAUACCUUAGGUUUACUUUGCCCCUUCUCUGUCUGAUUGAAAUUUACCUCCGAUCGAUCCGGUCUCUCCUGAUUGAGGCAUUUUUAUUCUGAUUAAGUGUUGAUAUGUCCCAAAAAACAACAAGAAAAAUUAGCUAUACGUUUUAUUUUGUUAGUUUUCCCUUAAAUAUCCAAUCUGGAAACAGUACUAUACAUUUAUCCUCUUGUAUUCAGUAGUUAAAAAUACACAAAUGUCUAAAUAUAAUAAGUACAAUUGUACUGUACCUGGAAAUUCAAGAGGUCUGAUAGAUUUAUAGCGUCUAAAUCAUUUUAAAAGCCGAAUAACAACAGUAUCCUAGUGCUCCUGUGGUCGCACCACAUCUCCAACUAUUGACUACUUGCAUCAUCACUUCAUCUUUUACUCAAAAAAAUAAAUGCAAAGGAAAUCGAAAAAGAUUUUUUAAUUUCCUUAGUCUGAAUAAUUCCGGUUGUUUUUUUAUUGUGCGGCCGAAACUAAAACGCCUGCGAUUACACAACACUGAGGAGGACGAGGGAAUAAAAACCUUUUUUUUUUUUUGUGUGUGUGUCCUGUGGUUGACCCUCCAGACGCGUCCAAGCCUCCAGCCGCAGUCACCUGCUCCCCGAGGAGAUCAUCCAGUCUUAAUGUUAAAUGUUCCACGAUAGUGAAGAAGUGUUUGGUCUCCGGGCCGUUAACCUUCACAGUGAGAGAGAGUGUGUGUGUGUGUUUGUGUGUGUACACGUGCGGUCAUGUAUUUUGAACAGUUUUCUCCAGAUCAGCAAUAUCUCGGCACAGCUAAACCCCCGUCCCCCCCGUCCCCUCCCCAUGUUAAACUCAUGUUAAACCGUCCAAAGGAAAAUAGAGCAAGAUAACGAGAUGCUGUUCCAUCCAUGAAGAACUCCAUCUGAAACGUCCCCAAAUCUGAUCUAUUUUCAGCUUAAGUUAAAAGGAUAUUUCUUUUUUUUAUUUUAUUUUAAACUGGAUUCUUACAACUCAUCUCUGUCACUGUAAUAGCUGGCUGCUGUAAAGAGAGGUUUUAAAAAAAAAUAAAUAAAAAAAGAUACGAGAUGCCAGGUGUAAGUAUUCCAGUAUAUAUAUAUAAAAAAAAAAAAGGUAUUUAUAGAACAUGUACAGCUUUGGCAAUAUAAUAAAGUUGUCCCAAAUGAA